AUGGUGAUGCCAUUUGGGUUGUCUAAUGCACCCAGUACCUUCAUGCAACUGAUGAAUACAGUGCUUCGACCUUACAUUGACGGUAUCAAGAUGGAUUUAGGGAAGGUUAGAGCAAUUCUGGAAUGGCUUAGUCCCAAGAGCAUAACAAAGGUAAGAAGCUUUCAUGGUCUGGUCAUAUUUUAUCGAAAGUUUAUUCAAAAUUUUAGCAGUAUUGUUGCACCCGUAACAAAUUGUACCAAAGGAAAGGAAUUCAUGUCGACCAAUGAGGCUGAAGAAAGUUUCAAGUUUCUAAAGAAGAAGGUAACUAAAGCUCCCAUAUUAGUAUUACCAGACUUCGAAAAGGUGUUUGAAGUUGAUUGUGAUGCCCCACAUGUAGUUAUUGGAGCUGUUCUUAGCCAAGCAGGUAAACCAAUCGCCUUUUUUAGUGAAAAGUUGAAUGAGUUGAAGAACGCAAUAGCUAGAAAUAUGUCUGAUAUUCAAGGUGAAUACUUUAUGCAAGAUGGCUAUCUCUUCAAAGGGAAACAAUUAUGCAUUCCAAUUGGUUCCAUGAGGGAUAAUAUCAUCAGGGAAUUUCAUAGCAGUGGUUUGGCUGGACAUUUUGGCAAGGAUAAGACAAUAGCCUUAAUUGAAGAUAAAUACUACUGGCCAAAGAUGAAACAAGAUGUAACCAGAUAUGUGGCAAGGUGUAGGAUCUGUCAAGUUGCUAAAGGACACUCGCAGAAUACAGGGUUGUACAUGCCACUUCCUGUACCUCUAGAACCAUGGACAGAUUUGAGCAUGGACUUUGUUUACGGAUUGCCAAAUACACAACGAGGCAGUUCGACAGGGUACAACAGAUUCCAUGAGGGUCUGGGAUGUACAUACAGACAAUGUAGGAGAUCUUGGGACAUAUGGGCAGAUGUAGAGGAUGCAGGGAUAGAUGCAGAGUACACUGUAUAUUGGGGAGAGCAUCCGUUUCCAUGGCUGACGGAUCCGGGGGAGUCGAUAGAGGGAGACAGUGGAGGUACAGGGACGGGGACAGGAGCAACCACAGGGACAGGGGGAGGAGGGAGUUGA